CGUAGACGAGACUCCUGUAGAACCCUCAAACGCACCUCUGAGCAGCGAGCUCGAUACCUUCACAUCCCUUGGGCUAUCGACGACAAUUGCGUCCCAUCUGUUGAACAAAAUGGACAUGAAGGCACCCACCGCCAUUCAGAAAAAGACCAUUACGCAACUUCUGAAAGACGACUCGGAUGCGUUGAUACAGGCAGAGACGGGCUCGGGCAAGACAUUGGCAUAUCUACUGCCGAUUGUGCAACGGAUAAUGGAGUUGUCAUCUUCCAUGAAGAAGCGGAAGGCGGAUGAUGGUCCGGGUGCCAUCCACCGAGACUCGGGCUUGUUUGCAAUUAUUCUCGCACCGACGCGGGAAUUAAGCAAGCAGAUUGCAGUCGUACUGGAGCGUCUCAUUCGUUGUGCGCAUUGGAUUGUACCUGGUACCGUGAUUGGAGGAGAAAAAAAGCAGUCUGAAAAAGCUCGUCUAAGAAAAGGAGUACAUAUCUUGGUGGCGACGCCGGGCCGGCUUGCAGACCAUCUAGAGCACACCGAGAGAUUGGAUGUCAGCAACGUCCGCUGGCUGGUUCUCGAUGAAGGAGAUCGUCUCAUGGAGCUUGGUUUCGAGAAGGAGAUUCAGAAGAUCAUCGGCAAUCUCAACUUAAGAAUGAGGGCGGUGAAGGAUCCCAAGGCGAUGAUUCCAGGUUUGCCAUCGAAACGAAUGACAUAUCUAUGCUCGGCAACUAUGAAAACGAAUGUUCAGCGCCUGGGAGAAAUAUCGUUGAAAGAAGCUGCGCUCAUCCAAGCCGACACUUUUGACGAAUCAAAGAAAGACGACGAGAAUAUAUCUGAGGACCGCGCAUUUCUGGCACCAGCACAACUGAAGCAGUCGUACGCCACUGUCCCGGCAAAACUGCGACUAGUGUCUCUCAUUGCUUUCCUAAAACGCGCCUUUGCUCGAAAAGGCUCUGUCAUGAAAGUUAUUGUAUUCAUCUCCUGUGCCGACUCAGUUGAUUUUCAUUUCGAUAUUCUCACGAGUCAGCUUGAGUCAGAGGACCCUUCCGACACCGAGGAGCCAAAGGUAGUCCAAGAACCGACAAAGCAGAGGGAUUCAAAAUCACAGCCCUCAAAAACGCCUCAGUCAAACCCAACAGUCCUAGCCGUAACACAUGCCGAAUCUAGCGUUCUCUCACAAAAGAUCUACAAGGUCACCACCUACCGUCUUCAUGGGUCUCUUCCUCAGGCCCUUCGCACUUCCACCCUCGCACACUUUACCAAGAACACCGAGCCGUCUCUCCUCCUAGCCACCGAUGUGGCCUCUCGCGGUCUCGACGUCAAUGCCGACCUCGUUAUUGAGUUCGACCCCGCGUUCGCUCGCGAAGACCAUCUUCAUCGUAUUGGUCGCACGGCUCGCGCCGGUCGCGACGGUCGCGCUUGCAUCUUCCUGAUGCCCGGUUGCGAAGAAGGCUACGUCGAAAUCUUGAAAGGCGAUCGCAAAGAGAGCGAGGGCGGGCAUAACAUCAGUCGGCAAGACGCAGAAGAAAUCCUCAGGAAAGGUCUCGUUGAUUCCGGCCCAUCGAAACCCACGCUCAACAGAUACGGGAAACCAGACAAGGUGACUUAUGCAGACAAGGCGACGAAUCUGCAACUUGCGGUCGAGCGAUGGGCAAUGGCAUCUCCGGCUAGGCUUGAGAGUGCGAGGAGGGCAUACCAGAGUCAUAUCCGCGCCUAUGCGACUCAUGUCACUGCAGAACGUGGGUACUUUGAUAUCAAGCAGCUGCACUUGGGGCAUUUAGCCAAGGCGUUUGCGCUGCGGGAGAAGCCAUCGGGCAUGAAAGUGCCAGGCCAGCGGACGGGAGCUGGAAGGGACAGUGGCAGAGGGGGCGCGAAGGGUGCUGGGAGGAAUGAGAAGGGUGAAAGGAAGAGUACGAGGAAGAUGCAAGUGGUUGAGCCGCAGCCUGGUGAAGCUGAGGAGGAAGCAGCGAAGAUGAGGAAGGCCGUUAGGGCGAGGGAGAAGUUUAUGAGAGGUGCGGGUGUGGCAGAUGAAUUCAAUCUUGGCUAAAGGUUUCGAGUGGACAUACAAAUAAUAUACCCAUCAAAUUGGACGGGUUCUCAAGCUUCCGAUGUCAGGAAUGGUUUUCGAAGUGAUUGCAGACUCUUAACAAGUGUGCACUCUCGUCUAGCACCGUUUGAAGUCCUUCGACAUGGUAUCAGAAAUCUGGAUGGGCCGUAUCUCAAUCGUUUUGAACAAGCGGUAAACUCACUGGGCUACUCCAGACGGCUUCGUCUCCUAGAUCAGCCACUAUCGAUAAUGCAUCAUGAUGAAUAUAUGCCAAGAAAACAGA